AUGGAAUUCAGUAAACAGGGAAUGAUCAAUAAUACGUUGUGGCUCGACGGGGCUAAUCACUGGAGUGGGGAUUCUAGACUACAGCUUGGGGCUUCCGCAUCAUUGUCUACGUUUGCGGGCCACAUAUAUAAGUGUGGGAAUGACGGCACCAGUAUUCAGGAAGCAUAUGUAAACCAAGUUGAGGAGGUUGUACGCGCUUGUAAUGGCAUUUUUCCCUCUCCUAUUGGAAAUGGCGCACAGUACUCCGAAGGGAUGACUCCAGACAACAAGACGGGCUUUGUUUGGAUUGAUCUCCAUGGUGUGCCCCCGCUUCCUCAGGAUACUACCAAUGGAAAUGACAAAAGCAGCACUAUGGAUGGUCUUUGGGAAGCUCUACAACUUAAUCAAGGGCAUCGAAUGAAGCUUCGGGAUGAGAUAAAAGAAGAGUACCAACGUCGAGUGGUAAUGCUUCAAAAAAACGGGUUGAGUAAUGCUAAUGCUUUUUUUCAUGCUAUGUCUGGAACACAUCCUAAUAACGAAGGUGAUAAGGUGAAUCACACUCUGGAGAAGGGAGAACUUACACUGUCUCAAGACUUUGAAUGCUUCUGUCCGGGAUACAGUUUUGAAGAUGGCUUGGAAGUCCUGGAUGAUCCUGACGCCGUGAAUAUAUUCAAUAAAUCUAACUCCAUAAAUUGUAAAGGAGGGAACAAGGAAGAAUACUAUGUCGCGUUGCGUGUGGUAACGUUGUUGGAGCAUACUGUGCAUCAUAUUGCAAAAAUUGAAAAGCAGAUGCACGUUCCUUACUUGAUGACUGGAGAGAACAAACAGGAUGUGUUCUUUGCACUCUCUCAUGUCUCUGAUAUUCGCCAGAAUAAUCCAUUUUUGAGGUCAGUCAACCCUUUCUGUGACCCCACCCCUCUCACCAACUUUAAUGACCUCCACAACAGGAGUGACUCGGACUGUUCUAAGAACGAUUCUCAGGAUCAUUUACUGCUUGAAACUGAUCGGUAUAGCGGUGCCUUGUGCAUUGGAGGGGAUAAGCAUACUAGACCUCUACAGUCCGCUAUCACGUACGUCUUUUGUUUCGAAGGAUUGUGUGUGACGUGGUGCCCCCGAAGCAUUUCAGCCUCGUGGAAGGAUCGUGGGUGUGUUUGGCAGGGGAAGAACUGGUCUCAGCUGCGUGAGGCGGUGCUCUCGCACUGUAUUUACCCCAAACCCCACUUACCACCGCCGGAUGGGUCUAAGCCUGACGCUUUUCAUAUUCCAGAGAGGCGUAACCGAGAUGAGGAAAUGAUGACGACGUCUUUGUUUGUUUCUCUUCUCCUGUCAACUGUGUGUUAUACUUACCUUCCUAACAUUAAUGCCAUGCUGAACGAAGUGGAGGCUAUUGACUCCAUGCUACCCUUAAUUCUGCCUAAAAUGGAGAGUGAUCAGUCGGAUGCACACCGGCGCAUUUUGAUGCUUCGGCAUCGGUUGUCAAAUCAUCGUCGCGAACUGAUCUCCAAAAAAAAAUUACUGAAAUCCUUGAAAGGGCCUUCGGUAUCGGUACUGGCCGCCUUUAUGGCUCAAACCUCUUCCUCGGAUCACGACCAGCGAGGGUCACUUGGAGUUUCCAAAGCGAUGUACCCAUCGCCGGUCUCGGAAACCUUUACUGUUCUGGACGCCGUUAGUGAUAUCAUUGAUCAAACACUUCAUAAAAUGGAUACUUCGCGCAUAGUGUUGGGUAAUGCCACCAUCCUUUACAAUUCUAACGUGAUUUCAAGCAACUAUGAAGUUAGUAAUGAUUCGGAUUAUUUCAUGGUGUUGGUGCACUACGUUUUUGUAACCAUAAUGCCUGCGCAUAUAAUCGUCGCACAAUGGGGCAUAAAUUUUCUGGUGCCUUUUCAUUACCUCGAUAGUUUAACUCCAUUCUUUGUUAUUGUGGGUACUCUUGUUUUGAUUUGUAUAAUUGCACCGAUAUUUCCCUUCUGGGCAUACUACACAGGAAGGAUACAUCUUAUAAUAUAA